AUGUCUGCCGAGCACCUUGGCUAUGAGCAGAUCAACCUAAGAGGAGUUAUUGGAUUCAAUGGCUCUGUUGAAGAUUGCUUGCACGUUCACCCAGACCGCCAGAAUUUCGUUUAUGCUUUGGGAUGUGCAGUAGUAAUUGAAGAUUUAAACAGCCGAAAACAAAAUUUAUUGCAAGGGCACACAAGCAAUGUCGUAUGCUUAGCUGUUUCACGUGACGGAUGUUACGUGGCCUCUGGGCAAAUCACUCAUAUGGGUUAUAAGGCUGAUAUAAUAUUGUGGGAUUAUGCCGAAAAGCGGGAGAGAGCACGCUUCGUAUUGCAUAAUGUUAAGGUCCAGGCGUUAGCAUUUUCUCCGAAUUCCAAAUAUUUGGCUAGUAUUGGUGGACAGGAUGACGGGAGUCCUGCGCAGUUGAUGAAUGCGGGGAUAACCAGAGCGCUUGCCUAUGCAAAUCUUUCUGAUGACAUGUUUUUCACCGGAGGAGACUCAAUUUUACGAAUCUGGAGAGCAGAUGUACCAAAUAGAAAAAUUCGUCCAACUGAUUGCAAUUUUCGCCAAUACAAACGAACAAUUACAAAAGUGGUUCCCAACAAUCAAGACGAAAUGCUCUUCUGUGCCACAACGUCUGGUGAUAUCUUAGCGGUACGAAUAAGUUCCGCCUUGGUGCAGCUAGUUUUUCCAGAAAGAGACAAAUUCAGUUUGGGCAUUACCUCCCUCUGCUUUGUCGACGACACCUCCCUCAUAAUUGGAACUGGUGAGGGAAUAGUGCAAAUGCUAAGCGUUGGACACAGAAUUAAUAGAAUGAACUGUGAAAUGACGCUCCAAAAGACACAACUGAAACGUUCGGUGAUGGGCACUGUGACGGCUAUAACAUUGCGAGGCGAGGGCCACCAAUUCUUCGUCGGAACGGACAAAAGUCACAUCUAUCGCUUUGAUGGCUCGACCUUCGAGCACGAGCUCAUUAAUUCUUGUCAUUAUUCCCCGAUCAAUGAUAUCAAAUUCCCCGAAAACUGCUCCGAUUUGUUUGUGACGAGCUCCUUUGAGGAUAUCCGAGUCUUUCACACGCCCAGUCAACAGGAGCUGUUGCGAAUCAACAUUCCCAACCUGGUCUGCUUUAGCAUUGACAUCGUGAAAGACGGAACUGCUGUAAUUUCUGGUGAAUUGAAGGGAGUGACGGCAAUAGCAGCGACGGCGAACGGCGGCCGUCUCAUCUCGGGUGGCGGCGAGGGCCAAGUGCGCGUCUGGCAGGUCCGCGAGAUACUAAACAAGGCAUCUCGCAAGGACCGUUUGUAUGGUCACCGGUGUCGUGGCGACAGGGCAGAGGGGGAGGCGGGGGCAAAGCAGUCCAUGUUUGUCACCACCCUCCUCGCUACCCUAAAAGAGCAUGCCAACACCGUCUCCUGCAUUAAAAUCACCAAAGAUGACAACGCUUGCGCUUCCUCCUCUGCUGAUGGCACGUGCAUUGUCUGGAGCUUGGUAGAAUUCACACGAAUGCAGAUAAUAUUCGCGAACACCCUCUUUCGGGUGGUAUGCUUCCACACCAGUGAGGUGCAACUGUUGACUGCAGGCACCGACCGUAAGAUCGGCUACUGGGAGAUGUACGACGGUUCGCAGAUUCGCGAGUUGGAGGCUUCCCGCUCCGGCUCCAUCAACGGCAUGGACAUCGCCAAGGAUGGUGCCAUCUUUGUCACCGGUGGCGACGAUAAAAUUGUCAAAGUGUGGCGCUACAACGAAGGCGACGUGACGCAUGUGGGUCUCGGCCACUCCUCUCCCAUCACGCGUCUCAUGAUCUCGCCUGACCAACGCCUCAUCGUCACCGUCAGUGAGGACGGCGGCAUCUUCCUGUGGGACCUACCCCCGCACUAA